AUGAGUGACUGUUUCAUCCCUCUAACUAAUCAAAUCUUGGUGACGCUUCUGGAGAGAUACAUUCCGAGAACAGUAAGAUUUUUUCAAAAAGUAGAAAUCAAUAAAAAAUGUUUUGAAGAAGUUAUGUGAAAGCGACAAAGAUGUUAUCCGGAAAAAUGAUGAAUCAUUUAAACCUUUGAAACUUCUAACAGAAAUGAUUGAGAACUCAGAAGGCCGAUUGGAUAUUUAUGGACCAGCCGACAAAUUAUUGAAAGAUCUUCGAAAAUUCCUUGUGUUCCAACAAAAUUUCGAUUUUCUUGGUUUUCCCAAUCAAAUGGUUUAUGGAUAUAAAACACAACGAUUCGUUGAUCAAAAAAACAAGGAUUAUUUGCCGAAAACCAGUAUUUUCUGCUUAAUUUAUUUAAGCAUUCGAGACAAAUGUGAUGAAAAUGAAGAAGUUUGUAUGACACUUAUUGAAUCAUUUGGAAAUCGAGUUUAUCGAAAUCUGAAAAAUUGCUAUGAAUUGGUGUCAAAUGAAGUUGGAAAUGAAGUGUUGAAGAAAUUGAAGGAUUUUCAAUUUUUGGCAAAAGUGGUUUGUUUUUUUAAAAAAUGCUAUUUCAAAAAAGUAUCGCAACCUUAUGAAGGUUUAGAGAGAUAAUUGACAAUUUUUGGAUUUUUAUGCUAAAAAAUUGAAUUUUCAAUUCAUAACCUACUUUGUUUUCAGAAUCUCGAAGUUCAAAAUGCUCAUCUUCGUUUAUCUGAAUACAAUAUCGACAAAUUUUUCGAGAAUCUUGUCCAAUUUUACGAUUCAGAAUAUGAUCAAGAAUUUCUGAAUCGCUUGAGAAAUCAUCUGAUCAGUUUGCAGAAAACGAAACCAAUUCAAUCAGAUAUGCAUUUUUAUCAAAUGAUUUAUGCAACUCAUAUUUGUUACACAAUAUUUUGUCAAAACCUCAUUCAAGCUUUUCCAUAUGUUUUUCAACCAUUUGAUCGACUUACAAUGGUAGUUUUCUGUUAAAAAUUCUGAAAUUCUGCUCCUAAAUCAAUAAAUUUUUGUUCAGGAUAAAUCAAUGCAUUUUCCAAUAAUUCAACAAUUUUCGGAUAAUGGUGUUCGAUUUUAUAUGACAAAUGAAUGGAAAGCUGCCGCAAUUUAUCAAAAAGGUCUUCAAAUUCCGAUGGAAACUGAAGAAGAACGCAAAAAAUAUGGAAUUUUGAAUACAGUUUCUGUCACACGGUUUACUGAAGUUUGUCGGAAAGCAAAAUAUAAUUCAGACAGUAUUUGUGUAUGUUUUUUUAAAGCUGUUUUUGUAUUCGAGUCAAAAUCUACUAGAAAUCAUAAUUUUCUUUUCAAAGUUAAUUUCCACAAAAAUAAAAACCGAAUUUCAGAAAAUCGACCAAAGUUAUAAAAGAACAACAAGUGGAAUUGCAAUUCCAAUCAUUUCGCAUUUCGGAACACAUUGUAAAUUGGCAAUCGAUGUUUUCAAUGAGAUUUUCGAAAUAUUCUCAAUCGAAUUUCGAUGGUUUGAUUCAACUGAUCAAAAAGAUAUUGGAAAAAUCAAUAAUUGGUUUGAAGAAUUGGGAGAAGUAUUUAGUGAAACGAAAAAAUCGAAAUAUUUGAUUGAGUUAUGGAAAAUUGAUGAAUUGAAAGAAAAAGCAUAUAAAGAAAUGGAAAAAUAUGUGAAAAAACCGAAAUAUGAAAUUGAAAAUAAAAUAUUUUCGAAGAAAGAAGAAAUUCGAAAAGAAUUGGAGAAAUUAUAUGGAAACAAAAUGGAACAUGAAUUAUGGGAAAAAGAAUAUUUGAAAAUUAUUCGAGAAUCAAAUAAUCGAAAUAUUACAAAAGGAGAUAUUAUGAGAAUAUAUAAUUCAUAUCUAAAACAUCAAUUUAUUCAAAAUAAUUCGAAAUUUCAAAAAUUCUUUCAUAAUCAAUUGGAUUGUAUUAUUGAUGAUGGAUUUAGUUGUGAUUGUUCUUAUUCUUCACAAAAAUCUGAAAAAAUGAAUGAGAAAAUUGAAAUAAUGAAAUUAGAAGAAAUCAAUCAUCGAUAUAUUUCAUUUCUAAAUAAUCAUAUUUUCUUUAUUUUCACAAAAAAUGGACAAAGUUAUUAUGAUAAUGAUAGUUGUAUCAAAAGAUGUCUCGAUUUUAUGAUUUCGAAAUUUCCGAAAAAAUCGAAGGAACUGAUUGGAAUUAUAUUCAAAUAUGAAAUCGAGAAAAUCGAAAAAAUGAAGAGAAAUGUUAUUUAUUUGACUGGAAAUGAAUAUGAACAAUAUCAAAAUGAAAUUAUAUUAUUUUUCGAUAAUUUUUUGAUGAAAAACGAAACUUUAGAAGAAAAAGAAAUGGAUAUUCGAGAAGCCAGAAAAUUGUUAAAAGAAAAAUAUGGAAGUCUUGAAAUUAUCGAUGAAAUCGAAGAAGAAAUCAAAAAAUCACCAAAUAUUGUGAAAAUAAUAAUAACUGCAAAACAAUUAGUUGAUGAAUGUUUUGAAAGAAUUAAAAGUUUGAAAGAUUAUUAUCGAAUAAAUUCGAAUCGAAAAAUAAUAUUAAGACAUAUGUGUGAAUGGAGAAUUGAAGAACAAAAUGAAUGGCAUUUAUUUGCACAAGAAGUAUUGGAAGCUGUUGAAAUUAUAUUGGAAAAUGAGCAUCGAUUGGGAUCUAUGAGAGGUAUGAUUUAUUGGCAUACAUAAAAUAGGUCCCCCGAGUCAGUUUUUAAAGUUAGGGUCCCUCCUUGAAAAUUUUCCGAAGUUAAACACCUGCCUCACAUUUUUGAGCGAAUUUUGGUAAAUUAUCAGCAGAAAAUUGGCCAAGUUAGGCACCCUUCCCUUCAGAUUUUUGAAAAAAGUUAAGCCCCUCACCCCGAUUCAGGGGACCCAUUUUAUGUAUGUUUAUUGGAUUCAAAGUUUUUUUUUUAAAUUUGAAUUAUUUUCAGCACAAAUCGAAAAAUGGCGAAAUACUUGGAAUUGUUCACUUUCAUCAUCUUCUUCUUCUAAUGGUCAUUUUUCAAUAAUUCAAGUGAAGUUACUCGAAACAAUUCUAAAAGUUGUUGGAAUCAAUGGCUCGAAAAUCAUAUUAGUACCAGAAAUUGGAUAUUGUCGAAGUUUGAUUGAAAUUCCAUUAACAAUGGGUUAUUCAGCUAUGAAAAUUCAGAGUCCUGAUGGAAAAAUGGCAUAUCAUGAAUAUCAUGUGAGUUAUUAGGAUGAUUUUUAUUGAAAAGCAUGAGAGAAACCAUUUUUUGUAGGCUUUGUCGAUGAUUUUUCAAUUUGGAGCUUGUGAUAUUUAUUGGGGAAAUGAGGAUCAAAGAGGAUUGAAGAAUAAACAUCGAAAAAAGAUUUUGGAAGAAAUCGCAAAAAUCAAAAAAGGAUAUAGCAGUUUGGAAAUAGUUGAACAAUCAAUGGAAAAAGUGAUGUAUUCAGAAAUUAUGCAAAAAACUCCUAUCACAUUUUUUCAUAACAAAAAACAUAGUUUUGAGAUUAGUACCAAUCAAUUGUCUGUAUUUUCAAAGUUAUCGAAAAUGAGAAGUGGUUUUCCAUUGGGAUAUAAUAUUUCGGCCGUUUUUUCGAGAUUUGUUUUUACAUUUCAUUGGUUGGAUUUUAUUGUUAGAGAUCGAGAUAAUCGAGAAUUGACUCGGCCAAAAAACGACAUAGCUCGGGGCGAGUCGCUACACUUUUUGUCGAGACUCGUUUUGCGGCGAGUCGCCCCAAGCUUGCCUCAAAAUCGGCGAGUUCCGGGCAACUUGCCGCGAAUGUAGCGUGUUCCGGGCGAGUUGCUGAAUAGCGGGGCGAAAACGGGGCAAGUCGCUACACGCUCGGGCGAGUCGCCCGAGGCUCGCCCGAAGUGCCUCGGGCCAGUCGCCCCAAACGUGUAGCGACUCCGCCCAGAUCGGUAGCGACCUCGCCGUUUUCUGACCGAGGAGGACGAAAAUUUUGAAGGCUUUUACGGUUAAUUAUCCGAUUUUGGCGUUGAGAAAUUCGGCAGAGUUUUGGGAAGCGAGAUUGAAUAGAAGUUAUCCAUUUAAUAUUGAAGCGAUUAAUGAAUGUAUUCGAAUUGAAAAUGAAAAUGAGGCGAUUAAUUAUGAAAGUAGAAAAACAGGUUAGAAAAAUAUUUUGAAUUAAUUUUUUUAAAAUAAUCCCAAAUUAUUCUUCUUUUGGAGCUUGAAAUUAAUUGCAAAAAUUUCAAAAUUCAUUUUUUCCAUCGCAAAAAUUUGCUAUUUUUGCUAUGGAAUUUUUGAGCUGAUAAUUUUCAGCUUUCCAGAUUUUUUGGCUCCAAAAUUUGAAAAAUAAUUUAAAUCUCAAAAAUCUUCCAGGCUUCGUCAUUAAUCAUUAUUUCUUCGAUGAUGAUGAUUGUUUGGGAAUGACAUAUAAACAGAAAAAAGAAGCACCGCCCAAAAAAUCAAUAAAAAUCGAGAAAAAUGUGGAUGAAAGUCUUGCAAAUAUUUUAGGAAUUUUACCGUAAGUUAUUAAUCUAAUUUUUAAUUUACAGUUUAAAAAAAUCAUAAAAUUCACAGAGAAGUAGUUGAAUUGCACACAUCUCCAAUUUAUCAGUCAAUUUCGAAACUCUGGGAAAAAUUUGAAAUGGUUUUAAGUGAUGAAUAUGAUAUGAAAUAUGCCAGAAUACUUUUGAAAAAAUUGAAAACUCCUGAAAUUUGGCAAAUUGUUGAGAAAAAACUGGCGGAAUUUAUGGAUUUUGAUGAUUUUAAAGGAAAUGUUCGAAUUUAUCGCAUUAAAAUGGAGACGAAAAAAGAGGAUCCGAAACCUGUUGAAAAAGCGAAAAUCGAAACGAAAAUUGAAAUUGAGACAAAAAUUGUGGAAAAUUGCGAAAAAUGUCGGGAAAUAAAUGAGGAAAUGAGAGAAUAUUCGAGAAAAUUGAGAGAUUUUGAACGAAAUUUGGAGGAAAAUUCGAAGAAAAUUGAGGAAAAUGAAAGAGAAUGUGAGAUAAUGAGAGAACAAAUUGAUAAAAAUAUGGAAAAAUAUGAGGAUGAAAUUGGAAAAAUGAAAGAGGAUUUGAGGAAAAAAGAAGAAAAAAUUGGAGAAAUUUGAAAAUGAAAUUGAAGAAUAUCAAAAAGAUUUGAAAAAUCAACGAAUCAAUUUAUAUUCAGAUAUUAGGAAAGGAGAAAGAUUGUGAGUUUUUUCUGGGAUUUUGAAAUUUUCGGUUUGGAAAAUUGUUUUGUUGAAAAUAAAUGGAAAUAUCGGAAAAAUUUGAUUUGAUUCAGAAAUUAAUUACGAAAAAGUUCACUGUUUCAAAUAUUCCUCAAUGUUUUUUUGAAAUUCUCUAAAAUAUUAUGUUUUGUCGUCUAUUUCCAGGAUAAAUGAAAAGAUGAAAUCGAUCAAAGCAAGUCUGGAAAACUCGAAAUUUUCGGACAAAAACAAGCAAAAGCGAAUCGAGGAAUUGUUGAAAAAGAAUAGCGAUUUGAAGACGAGAAUAUUCAUUGAAAAUGAGUUAGUUAAUUCCUUUUUUUUCUUAUAAAAAUGUUCAUUUUUUCCAGAAACACAUUCUAUUUGCAACAGGAGGAAUUUUGA